AUGAAAGUUGUUGCUCUGGUCGUGUCGUUAUCAUCGCUACCUGCGGCGUACGCCUGGGGAGCAAUUGGACAUGAAGCUGUUGGCUAUGUCGCUAUGCAAUUCCUUGCACCGAACGCCCUCUCCUUCGUAAAGUCUUCGCUUGGGGCCACGUACGAUGAAUCCUUAGGUGUCGCUGCGACAUGGGCAGAUGAGGUGAAAUCUCAAGCAGCAUAUCGAUGGUCUUCUAGUCUCCACUUCAUCGAUGCUGAAGACAGCCCUCCCAUUUCUUGUUCCGUGGUAGAAUCGAGGGAUUGCCAGAAUAACAACUGCAUCUUGGGUGCCAUCGCAAACUACACCGUCAGGGUAGUUGACACUUCACUCUCUGCUGCUCAACGUCAGGAAGCUCUCAAAUUCUUAGACCACUUCCUCGGAGAUGUUGGACAGCCUCUUCACGUUGAAGCAGCGGCAGUCGGCGGCAACGAUAUCGAUGUCAAAUGUAGUGGAUCAUCCACGAAUUUGCACUCGGUGUGGGAUUCCGGCAUGAUCAACAAGCUCCUGAUUUCAAACUACGGCAACUCCGUAACGACCUGGGCUAACACUCUGGUUACCCGAAUCCAGAGUGGAACCUACAAAGCAUCCGCUGCAUCUUGGAUUUCAUGUUCUUCCACUACGACGACAGAAACGCGUAGUAUCGAGGAGGACAUUUCCGGAUUGUUGAAGCCACGCGCGAUCACUCCUUUGGCUUGUCCGCAUGUAUGGGCGGCAGAGUCGAAUGCUCUUGAUUGUUCGUAUGUUUGGGACUACACCCAAUUCAGUGAUCUGUGCAGCAGUGAUUAUUUUACGGGCGCAGUUCCGAUCAUUGAAACGCAGAUUGCCAAGCAAGGGUACCGGUUGGCGGCGUGGUUGAAUGUGUUGUUCGAUGGGACUGCGACUGCUUGA